CGUCGCGUUAUUUUUUCGCCCCCCAUCUUUGAACCAACAGCCAGCCCCCUCCUCCUCCUCCUCAUCGGCCUCGGUUCCUCCUCCCGCCGAUCCGGUCGCUAUAAAUCCCGCCCCGCCGCGCGGCCCACACGAGCCUUCACCGCUCGCUCGCUCGCUCGCACGUCGCUGACCUGUCGUUCCACAACCGCCGGCGGUCGGAGAGGGAGGGGCGGGAGGAAGGGGGAAGGGGGGAGAGGGCCCGAUGGCGAAGCUGUACGUUCAGGCAGUGCCGCCGCCGGAUCUGAACAGGAACACGGAGUGGUUCAUGUACCCGGGGGUCUGGACGACCUACAUCUGCAUCCUCUUCUUCUCCUGGCUCCUCGUCCUCUCCGUCUUCGGCUGCACCCCCGGCAUGGCCUGGACCGUCGUCAAUCUCUUCCACUUCGCGAUCACAUACCACUUUUUCCAUUGGAAGAAGGGAACACCUUUUGCAGAUGACCAAGGAAUGUACAAUACGUUGACUUGGUGGGAGCAAAUGGACAAUGGCAAACAGCUUACUCGCAACAGAAAGUUCCUUGUUGUGGUUCCUGUUGUCCUAUAUUUGAUAGCUUCACAUACUACAGACUAUCAACAUCCUAUGCUCUUCCUCAACACCCUUGCAGUUGCAGUGCUCGUGGUCGCUAAACUACCGAACAUGCACAAGGUUCGGAUUUUUGGAAUUAAUGCUGGGAGCUAGGCAUCAGGAUACUUCAGCAGACAUCUACCUAUCUUCCUUUCCAGUUCAUCUGGCUCAUCAGGGUACCAGAGAAUGGUGUUUAUGUUGUUAGCUGAUGGGUUGUGAUCAUUGUAUAGAGAGAUGCUCAGGCGCUGAAAACGAUGCUGCUGUAUAUCUGAUGUACACGAAUUCUGUAGACUCUUUAAUGUUGCUAUAUGUUUUGAUACAAAUAUCUGCCGGUUGCUGCAUGUA